GGCAUUACACCUAUUUGUGUACCAACCGGCGUGAAACAUCUACAUCAUGCUGCUGUCAAGUUUGACAUCGGCGUCUAUUUUGAAGCAAAUGGUCAUGGAACUGUGGUAUUCAGCGAAAAGUUUGAUCGAGUGAUUAGAAAUGCAGAGCAAACUAAUGACGCAAUCAAGAGAUUAAAGCUAUUUUCAAAAGUGAUAAAUGAGGUUGUUGGCGAUGCUAUGGCAGAUCUCCUUAUAGUAGAGUUGCUGUUGCGAUGGUAUGGUUAUUCAAUCGAAAGUUGGGAGCAUGACCUCUACAACGACGCACCGAAUGUGCAAUUGAAAAUACCUGUAGCUGAUCGAUCGAAAUUCAAGACUACAUACGAGGAGACCACCUUGCUGGAGCCUAAAGGAGUACAAGAAAAAAUUGACGCAUUUGUUUCAAAAUACUGUGGUGCCAGAGCUUUUGUCAGACCAUCGGGAACAGAAAAUAUUGUUCGUGUAUACGCAGAAGCUCAAGAUCCGAAAGAAGCUGCAACCCUUGCAGAUGAUAUUGCAUGUAUAAUACGAGAGCUGAAUUGA